AAGCAGAACGUUACUUCCCUCCCUGUCUACCCGCCAGCUUUAUUAUUAAUUUCUGCCUAUAAAUAAUAAUUAUUCUCACAGCAGAUUCCAUUUCCAACGUUUCUUCACCGUCUUCCUAGGUUCCAUUCUUAUUCUUUUAGCUAUUCACAAACACUAACUAAUUGAACUUCCACAUGGAGCAUAAUAAGCUCACAUUAAUAAAUCCAAUCUCAGUACUAAUAACACUUUGUGUAUUAGUAUCAGAGGGGAAAGCAACUACCUUCACACUACUCAACAAAUGUGACUACACUGUGUGGCCGGGAAUUCUCACUAACGCUGGUGUCGACCCUCUUCCGGUCACCGGCUUCGCCCUCCGAACUGGCGAGUCCAAAACCAUCACGGCACCAACCACCUGGGGUGGCCGUUUCUGGGGCAGGACACUCUGCGCCCAAGACUCCGCCGGAAAAUUCUCAUGCGGCACUGGCGAUUGCGGCUCCGGCAAACUAGAAUGUGCUGGCAGCGGUGCCACGCCGCCGGCAACCCUGGCAGAGUUCACCCUCCAUGGCGCCGGAGGACUAGAUUUCUUUGACGUCAGCUUGGUCGACGGUUACAACCUCCCGAUUACGGUGGUUCCGCAGGGUGGCUCCGGCGAAAACUGCACCGUCACGGGGUGCGUAGGAGACCUCAAUGGCGAUUGUCCAUCGGAGCUGAGGGUUAUGAGCGAGGAUGGGAAACGUGGCGUGGCGUGUAAGAGCGCGUGCGAUGCGUUCCGGUUGCCGCAGUAUUGCUGCGACGGCGCGUACCGCUCACCGGACACUUGCAAGCCUUCGUCUUACUCGAAGGUGUUCAAGAGCGUGUGCCCACGCGCGUAUAGCUACGCGUAUGACGACAAGACGAGCACAUUUACGUGCGCAUCUGCCGAUUACACCAUUACGUUUUGUCCUUCCCCCGAUACUAACCCCAGUAGUAAGAAAUCGUGGGAGGGACAAAACUCGAACUCAGAUAGUAACGAAUCUUCUUCGUCAUCAUCUUCAUCUUCGUCUUCUACUCCAACAUCACCACAGGUGAGCAAGGGAGGAAUGGUGUACGUAGGUGCACUAGACCAAAGUGAAAUACCAUGGUCAGCGUGCACUCGUGCUAGGGAAUCCCAAUCCAUUGCAACCUUCAUCGUCAUUAUGGCAAGUUGGCGCUUGUGGCAACUGCUCUUUUAGUUUUACACUUUUAC